GUGUGCACUCGUUUCUCUUAUGCCGGUAAGAGGCUCUUGGCCAGCAAGCUCAUGCUUUGUUUUUGUUUCUCCAUGUCUGGCUCAGGAUGAAGAAGACUCCUUUGUCAUGAAAGCCAUCAUCCAUGCCAUCAACGAUGACAAUGUUCCAGGCCUGCAGCACCUUCUGGGCUCAUUGUCCAACUAUGACGUUAACCAACCCAACAAGCAUGGGACUCCUCCGUUACUCAUCGCUGCUGGCUGUGGAAAUAUUCAGAUACUUCAGCUACUCAUUAAGAGAGGCUCGAGGAUUGAUGUCCAGGAUAAGGGUGGAUCCAAUGCCAUCUACUGGGCCUCUCGUCAUGGCCACGUGGAUACUCUGAAAUUUCUCAAUGAGAACAAAUGCCCUCUGGAUGUGAAAGACAAGUCUGGAGAGACAGCCCUCCACGUGGCAGCUCGCUACGGCCACUCCGAUGUGGUCCAGCUUCUGUGCAGCUUCGGCUCUAAUCCUAAUAUCCAGGACAAGGAGGAAGAAACCCCUCUGCACUGUGCUGCGUGGCAUGGCUACUACUCGGUGGCCAAAUCCCUUUGCGAAGCAGGCUGUAAUGUGAACGUCAAGAACCGAGAAGGAGAGACACCACUGCUGACAGCCUCGGCCAGGGGCUACCAUGACAUCGUGGACUGUCUGGCUGAACACGGAGCUGACCUCAAUGCCUCUGACAAGGAUGGACACAUCGCCCUGCAUCUGGCGGUGAGGCGCUGUCAGGUGGAAGUCAUGAAGGCCCUUCUCGGGCAUGGCUGUUCUGUGGAUUUCCAGGACCGGCACGGCAACACACCACUCCACGUGGCCUGCAAAGAUGGCAACGUGCCUAUUGUGGUGGCCCUCUGUGAGGCAGGCUGCAAUUUGGACAUCUCAAACAAGUAUGGACGAACACCACUGCACCUUGCCUCCAACAAUGGGAUUCUGGACGUGGUUCGCUACCUCUGUCUUAUGGGGGCCAACGUGGAGGCACUGACCUCGGAUGGGAAGACAGCAGAGGAUCUUGCUAAAUCAGCUCAGCAUGAGCACGUGGCAGGUCUUCUCGCAAGGCUCCGAAAGGACACACACAGAGGACUCUUCAUCCAGCAGCUCCGACCCACGCAGAAUCUCCAGCCAAGAAUCAAGCUCAAGCUGUUUGGCCACUCGGGGUCUGGGAAAACCACGCUGGUGGAGUCUCUCAAGUGUGGGCUGCUCAGGAGCUUUUUCCGAAGGCGCCGGCCCAGGCUCUCCUCCACCAACUCUACCCGGUUCCCCCCAUCCCCCCUGGCUGCUAAACCCACAGUCUCUGUGAGCAUCAACAACCUGUACCCUGGCUGCGAGAAUGUGAGCGUGAGGAGCCGCAGUAUGAUGUUUGAGCCUGGCCUCACUAAGGGGAUGCUGGAGGUGUUUGUGGCUCCAUCCCAUCACCUGCAUUGUUCAGCGGAUGAUCAAUCCACCAAGGCCAUUGACAUCCAGAAUGCCUAUUUGAAUGGAGUUGGUGAUUUCAGUGUGUGGGAGUUCUCUGGAAAUCCUGUGUACUUCUGCUGCUAUGACUAUUUUGCUGCAAAUGAUCCCACGUCCAUCCAUGUUGUUGUUUUCAGUCUAGAAGAACCCUAUGAGAUCCAGUUGAACCAAGUGAUUUUCUGGCUCAGUUUCCUGAAGUCUCUGGUCCCAGUAGAAGAGCCCAUAGCUUUUGGUGGCAAGCUGAAGAACCCUCUCCGAGUUGUCUUGGUGGCCACACAUGCUGACAUCAUGAACGUGCCCCGUCCAGCCGGAGGGGAGUUUGGCUAUGACAAAGAUACUUCUCUACUGAAGGAGAUAAAGAACAGGUUUGGGAAUGAUCUGCACAUCUCCAAUAAGUUGUUCGUGCUGGAUGCCGGGGCUUCCGGGUCUAAGGACAUUAAAGUUCUUCGGAAUCACCUGCAAGAAAUUCGGAGUCAGAUUGUCUCGGGCUGCCCUCCUAUGACACACCUGUGUGAGAAAAUCAUCUCCACGCUGCCUUCCUGGAGAAAGCUCAACGGGCCCAACCAGCUGAUGUCGCUGCAGCAGUUUGUGUACGAUGUGCAGGACCAGCUGAACCCCCUGGCCAGUGAGGAGGACCUCCGGCACAUCGUGCACCAGCUCCACAGUGCAGGCGAGAUCAACAUCAUCCAGAGUGAGACGGUGCAAGACGUGCUGCUGCUGGACCCCCGCUGGCUCUGCACCAAUGUUCUGGGGAAGCUGCUCUCUGUGGAGACCCCCCGGGCCCUGCACCAUUACCGGGGCCGCUAUACCAUGGAAGACAUCCAGCGGCUAGUGCCUGACAGUGACGUGGAGGAGCUGCUGCAGAUUCUGGAUGCCAUGGACAUCUGUGCCCGGGACCUGAGCAGCGGGACCAUGGUGGACGUCCCUGCUCUGAUCAAGACUGACAACCUCCAGCGCUCCUGGACGGACGAGGAGGAUGAGGUGAUGGUAUACGGUGGAGUGCGCAUCGUGCCCGUGGAACACCUCACCCCCUUCCCGUGUGGCAUCUUUCACAAGGUCCAGGUGAAUCUGUGCCGGUGGAUCCACCAGCAGAGCACGGAGGGGGAUGCGGACAUCCGCCUGUGGGUAGGCGGCUGCAAGAUUGCCAACCGGGGAGCCGAGCUGCUGGUCCUGCUGGUGAACCAUGGCCAGGGCAUUGAGGUGCAGGUGCGUGGACUGGAGACAGAAAAGAUCAAGUGCUGCCUGCUGCUCGACUCCGUGUGCAGCACCAUCGAGAAUGUCAUGGCCACCACCUUGCCCGGAUUAUUGAUCGUGAAACACUAUCUGAGCCCCCAGCAGCUUCGGGAGCACCAUGAGCCUGUCAUGGUCUACCAGCCUCGAGACUUCUUCCGAGCACAGACUCUGAAAGAGAGCUCCCUGACCAACACCAUGGGCGGGUACAAGGAGAGCUUCAGUAGCAUCACGUGUUUCGGCUGUCAUGAUGUCUACUCACAGGCCAGCCUGGGUAUGGACAUCCAUGCUUCAGAUCUGAACCUCCUAACCCGGAGGAAACUGAGUCGCCUUCUAGACCCUCCCGACCCUAUGGGCAAGGACUGGUGCCUUCUCGCCAUGAACUUGGGCCUGCCAGAUCUGGUGGCCAAGUACAACAGCAACAGUGGGGCUCCUCGGGAUUUCCUUCCCAGCCCAGUGCACGCCCUGUUGCGGGAAUGGACCUCCUACCCAGAGAGCACCGUGGGCAUCCUCAUGUCCAAACUGAGAGAGCUGGGUCGCCGGGAUGCGGCAGAUUUUUUAUUGAAGGCCUCCUCCGUGUUCAAAAUCAACCUCGAUGGCAAUGGCCAGGAAGCCUAUGCCUCAAGCUGCAACAGUGGCACGUCUUAUAAUUCCAUUAGCUCGGUGGUGUCCCGGAGAAACUUCCAUGCUUGGACCCCACUGUAUGAUUUAUAAACAGACAAUAUGUGAGUGCCUUUUGCAGAAGAGGGUGUGUUGAAAUCAUCUGAGUCAGCCCGGAGCUGUCACCAAGGAAAUGCUACCUCUCUGUCCUUUGCUGUAUGCUGAUCAUCGCCAGAGGUGCUUCACCCUGAGUUUGUUUGUUUUUGUGUUCGUUUCAGGGGUUGGGGGUGGGGAGCAAUGUCUAUGUUAUAUUUGGCAAAGAUAGGUGAGAAUGGAACCCUCCCCCAGGGUGAUUUCAUGGCCAGUAUUGUUCUAAAAUGAUGUUUGCCAGUUGCUUUUGUUGAGAUGUCCAUGUGAUUGUGCACACGAGACAUAGAAACUGUCAUGCUUCCUCAUCCCCUCUCAUCUCAGGUAGAAGGUUGACACAGUUUUAAGGUUCUGGAGACCUGUGUGAGAAUUCAGAAGACUCCACUCCCCAACCCCAAACUCCUGGCAGUCGUUGUUGAUGGUUUAUACCAGAUGAUUUCUACGUUUAGAUUCUGGUUUGAUCACUUCUUGUACUUGAAAUUUAAAAUGAGAGAAUACAGGAAGCAAGUUUUCUUGCAGUUGUUUUAAAUUGUGAUAGAAUUUUGAUUGGUUUGAGGGAACAUGUCCUAAUUCUUCUGUCCCAAGAAGCAUGUAAUGUUAAUGUUAUAUCAUCUGUAUAUAUAUAUAUACAUAUAUAUAUGCACUAU